UGCACUUAGUUGUUACUGAAGAAGUGUCAAAGGAUAUUGAAAGUGUUUAAGAAAAGAGAAUCUUUAAAAUUAUUGUAGUAAAAAAUUUCGACUAUUUACAAAAGUGAAAUGCUUUUUAAAUUAUUUGUGCUAAUAGCACUUGGUGCGGUGUUGCAACAGAAUGAAUUCGCAAAGGCGGAAAAUCGAAAACAUGUCGUCUGCUAUCAUGGUACUUGGGCCACAUAUCGGCAAUCAAGUGGCAAAUUUGAUGUGAACAACAUUGACCCCUUCUUGUGUACACACCUGAUGUAUGCCUUCUUUGGCAUUGAGGAGAAUGGUGACAUACGCAUUAUUGAUCCCUACUUGGACUUAGAGGAGAAUGGAGGACGUGGUAAUAUACGAAAGUUCAAUGCACUCAAACUACAGAAUCCAACUUUGAAGACGAUGGCAGCGAUAGGCGGUUGGAAUGAGGGUUCGAAGAACUUCUCAAUUGUAGCAAAUGAUCCCGAACGUAGACAAAGAUUUGUGCGAUCGGUGGUACAUUUUAUACAGCGACAUGGUUUUGAUGGCUUGGACUUGGAUUGGGAAUAUCCAAAUCAGCGACAUAAUUUGACUUUUGAUGAUAAAACCAACUACGUAACGCUGUUGCGCGAGUUGAGAGAGGGCCUGGAUCCCUUCCAAUAUCUGCUCAGUGCGGCCGUGGGCUCAUCAGCGGAUUCCGCUUCACGCUCAUACGAUAUUCCUGAGGUUUCUAAGUACUUAGACAUCAUAAGUGUCAUGGCAUACGAUCUGCAUGGGCCUUGGGAUCCCGUAACCGGUAACAAUGCACCGCUGUACGAGGGACCCAACGAUCUAACCGCGAAGAAUAAGCAACUCAACUUAGAAGCCAUAAUCAAGUAUUGGCUGGCACAAGGCGCACCGCGUGAGAAACUCGUCGUCGGCGUACCCUUCUAUGGACGCUCCUACACUUUAGCGAACGCAGCAAACCACACUGUAGGUGCACCACAUUUGGGUCGUGGCCUUGCCGGUCAAUACUCCAUCGAACCAGGCUCAAUUGGCUACAAUGAGCUUUGCGAACGAAUGCGCACCGAGCCGUGGACUGUCGAGUGGGAUGAGGCGCAAAUGACACCUUAUGCAUAUUUGGCACAACAGUGGGUGGCCUUCGAAAAUCCACGCAGCAUUAGCCUCAAAGCGCAAUAUGUGAAGGACAAUAACUUGGCCGGUGUGAUGUUGUGGUCAUUGGAAUCUGACGACUUUCGGGGCAUUUGCAGCGGCGAGAAAUAUCCGCUGUUGCAAACUAUCAAUCGUGUACUCUUUGAUGGUCGCACAGCGACAGGAUUAACGCAAUCCGUAUUGAAUUCGGUGGCGGAAUCGAUAAAGCGGCCGGAGGCGCCUGGUUAUGUAGCGCCAACUGUGGUGGGUGGGGUGGAUCAGCAGGGCAUUGUGCCAAGGCCGCGUGGCAAUGGUGAAUGCGAAAAUGUGGAUAAUGGUUAUGUGCGUGCGGCAAAAGAUUGUGGCAAGUUUUAUUAUUGCGAAAAGGGUGUGGCACACUCAUUCACUUGUCCACAAAAUUUGAAAUUUGAUUUGCUAACAACAAGCUGCAAUUAUCCGCAAUUGGUGGAAUGUUAGGCGAUGGGAAUUUAUUGAUGUGGAUAUUUAUAGAUUUGAAAUUUUUUCUUAGAAACGAAAAAGUUAUAUUAGAAGUUAAAAAUGCGGAGUGAAUUAAUAAAAGCGCUAAAACUCGCAUACA